GGCGCACGGCCGGAGGAGGGUCCCUUGCGCUCGCUGCCGCUGCCCGGGGGUCGGAGGAGGAGCGCGGGUCGGGACCGGCGCCAGGCAAAUUGUGGGUGACUUCGCUGCCGGCCCUGCGGGAUCCCGGGGCGGGGAAGCCGCAGCCCCUCCAGUCUGCUCCCGCUCCUGCUCCUGCCCUUGCUCCGGCUCGACCCGGGAAACCCCGCGGGGACUGGCGUCCCGCAUCCCGCUGACCCGAGGCGGCCACCUGUGCCCGGCGCGGUGACUCCUCUUCUCCCAUGACCCUGCGGUGCCUGGAGCCCUCCGGGAAUGGCGCGGAUGGGACGCGGGGCCAGUGGGGCAGCGCGGGCGCGACGGAGGAGCCGCCCCCCGAGACCGCGCGCCUGGCCAAGGCCCUGCGGGAACUCGGGCAAACAGGUUGGUACUGGGGGAGUAUGACUGUUAACGAAGCCAAAGAGAAAUUAAAAGAGGCGCGAGAAGGAACGUUCUUGAUUAGAGAUAGCUCGCACUCAGACUACCUACUAACAAUCUCUGUUAAAACGUCAGCUGGGCCCACUAACCUGCGCAUCGAAUACCAGGAUGGCAAGUUCAGAUUGGACUCAAUCAUUUGUGUCAAGUCCAAGCUUAAGCAGUUUGACAGUGUGGUUCAUCUGAUCGACUACUAUGUUCAGAUGUGCAAGGAUAAGCGGACAGGCCCUGAGGCCCCCCGGAACGGCACGGUUCACCUUUACUUGACCAAACCACUCUACAAAUCCGCGCCACCGCUGCAGCAUCUCUGUAGACUGACCGUUAACAAGUGUACCAGCGCCAUCUGGGGCCUGCCUUUGCCCACCAGACUCAAAGAUUACUUGGAAGAGUAUAAAUUCCAGGUAUAAGUGUUUCUCUUUUUCUAAACCUGCCUCAUGGAGGGGGGUCUCUCUUGGAAUGCAGCUAUGUAAAAGAGAACCCAAUCUCUCGGAGAGGAGUGACUGCUUUGAAUAACGACAAGCAAUUUUAAGAACAGCUGAAGUUAAUCUAAUCUUAACCUGUGACUAGAUAGGUAGUUAAUGUCCCUUCUUUACCCUGGCCCCCACACCUCUCCUCCCCAAUUUUGUCACCUCUGUGAUGCUUCCUUUCCUCAGCCUGACCCAACACCAGUUGACCCUUUUUAAAUUAAAAAAGAAA